GUAGCUCAGUGGGCUUGGCAGGCUUUGCACUGCUUGAGUUUCCUGGUUCGAGCUCUCAUGUGUACCCAGCACAUGAGGGUUUAACUGUUGUGGUCUAUCGUGGACUUGUUCCGUCCCCUUCCCGGGUUCGACCCUCUAUAUACACGCCUGUCAUCCCCGCGGUGCCUUACCUGCUCCUGGGCUUGCAGGAUGUCCAGUGGGCUGUGGGGAAUAGUCGUGGUGCGCGUAAACUGGCCCGGACACCCCAAGUGAAUUAAAAAAAAAAAAAAAAUACAGUUUUUGAUAAAAAAGAAGGAAAAGAUUUGAGGCGAAACGUUACCGUUUCAGCCUAGGUUAAGCCUUUUCUCCCCUUCCUUCUUCUCUUCCCUGUUUUAGCCGUUCACCUCAGUCUCCCUACUUCAAGUGGUGAAGAUGAUGGCGAUGGCAAUGAAGCGGCAAAGGGUUUUAAUGGCUAUUUCUUCUUCUUCUUCAGCUUCAAUCCUUUUUGGACUUGCUUCUCAGAGAAGCCAAACUGAAAUGGGUAUGGCUUUCUUUCUUCAUACUUCCAGUGGUAGUGGUAGGCAAAAGUGCCAAAAGGGGUGUUCUUUUACUAAUAUUGAAGAUGCCUUGUGUCGCUUCAAUGACAUGGUUCAUAUGCAUCCCCUGCCUCGUAUUGUCGAUUUUAAUGAUUUUUUAUCAGCUCUUGUCAGAAUCAAACAAUAUGGGGCUGUGCUUUCUUUUUCCAAACAAAUUGAAUUGCUGCUGAUCGAACGUAACGUAUGUCAUUUUAGCAUAUUGAUUAAUUGCUACUGUCGCUUGCAACGUGUCGAUUUUGGGUUCUCUGUCUUUGGGAAGAUCAUUAAGCUUGGUUUUGAACCUAAUGUUGUGGUUUUUUCUACUUUAAUUAAUGGCCUUUGUAUCGAGGGGAAAUUUGCUCGUGCUGUGGAAUUUUUUGAUGAGAUGGUGGAAAGAGGAUAUCGACCUAAUCUACAUACUUAUACGACGGUUAUAAAAGGUUUGUGUAAGAUUGGAAAGACCCCUGUCGCUGUUGAACUGCUAAAGAAAAUGGACAAUGAAGGUUGCCAACCAGAUGUUGUGACAUACAUAACGAUUAUUGAUAGCCUUUGCAAGGAUAGACUAGUGAAAGAGGCUUUCGAUAUCUUCUCUGCGAUGAAGGGUAAAGGGAUUCAACCAAAUGUUGUCAUUUACAAUUCCUUAAUGCAUGGCCUAUGCAACUCAGACCAUCAGGAAGAGGCUCCAGCUUUUGUCAAUGAAAUGAUGAGUUUGAACAUCAUGCCAGAUGUCAUUACCUUCAACAUUUUGGUCGAUACACUUUGUAAAAAAGGCAAGAUUUCAGAGGCUCAGGGAAUAGUCAAGACAAUGAUUGAAAAGGGUGUGGAGCCUAAUACCGUGACGUAUAGUUCGUUGAUGAAUGGAUAUCUUCUGCAAAACAGAGUUUCUGAAGCUAGAAAGGUAUUUGAUGCGAUGAUGACCAAGGGCUGCAUACCUGAUGCUUUUAGUUACAACGUCUUAAUCAAUGGAUGUUGUAAGGCCCAGAGGAUUGAUGAGGCAAAACAACUUUUUGAUGAAAUAAGUUUUCGAGGCUUAAUUCCAAAUACUGCUAGUUACAACACUCUUAUAAAUGGCUUGUGUCAAGUAGGGAGAAUUUUGGAAGCAAAAUAUCUUUUCAAGGAUAUGCAUGCCCAGGGCUGCUCCCCAGAUCUAAUAACUUACUCAAUUUUGCUUGAUGGCUUAAGCAAACAAGGUUACAUUGAUGAGGCAUUGGAACUAUUUCGAGAAAUGCAAAAUAGUUACUUGAAGCCUAAUUUGGUGAUCUAUAAUAUCUUAAUUGAUGCCAUGUGCAAAUCUGGGAAGCUUGAAGAAGCAAGGGAGCUGUUUUCGGAACUCUACGUCAAAGGAUUGCUGCCUAAUGUUCAGGUUUGGACUACAAUAAUCAGUGGACUUUGCAGAGAAGGAUUGCUAGAUGAAGCAUGCACAGCUCUCAGACAAAUGGAAAGGGAUGGCUGCCCACCAGAUGGUUGGUGCUACAAUGUUAUUGUCCGAGGAUUUCUCCGGAACAACGAUGCAUCAGGGGCAAAACAACUUUUGCAGGAAAUGUUUGAUAGAGGAUUCUCUGCAGAUGCCCACACCAGAACCUUGAUGGGAGAUCUGUUGUCUAAUGAUGUCAUGGCAAUCUUGGUUUGAAAAAGUUGCUUGGCGAAUCUGAAUGUUGUCAAGGCAGGAUAAGACCCAUCUGGUGGAAAAGGAGAAAUGAGAGAAGAAUAUGCAAAAUUAGUCAUGUAUGGAACACAAACUCUGACUUGCCUAUGCAAAUCUGUUUAUUGCAUUAGAUGAAAGAAUCAGUUUUGAGUCCUUGGAAAGCAGCAUGUACUUCUAAUUUGAAGUAUUCACCCUCUAUUUAGAUGCUAUGUUAUUGAGGUGAUAUGACAUUUUUUCAUGUAGCAUUACUCAUAUUUGCAUUUAUCUUCCAAGAGUCCUUGUGGUAGUUAGGUUUUACAAGUUUGGAACUUGGAUGUGUUCGUCAAAUGAUCCAUUAUUGAGAUUUCAAAGAUUAGUUGCUAUGAUAUGGUCUCCUGAUCUCGAUUCUAUAUUGAGUUAUAUUUGACAAAGAUUUUAUUCACAAAAAGUGUCUAAGGUCUGCAAAUGUCACUCUUCACUCCAGAUUCUGGAAGAUAGACCAAUUUCAGAACUCAAAUUCAUGUGCUUUUUUUCUACCUGGAAAUUAUCUCAAGUUCUACAAUGCCAUAAAAAGUGCCUAUCCUGACAUCAAAAUAAUCACAAACUGUAAUGAGUCUUAUUCUUUGGAUCACCCAGCUGAUUCCCAUGAUUUUCAUGUAAACAUCCUGUCACAAUAGCUUUGUUUUCUUUCUGUUUAGCAGUAUUGUACUUGUGCAUAUUUUUAUUGGGCAGAAAACACAAUUGUAAUCCUCUUUUAUUCUUUAAACUAGAUUUAUACAUCAUCCAGCAACCUGUUUUCUAUGACUCAUCAGUUUGAUCGCACAUCUGGCACUGGUCCUGAGGCUUUUGUGAGUGAGGAUGUGUGAGUGGAAACGAUGCGUGCACAGGAAGUCUUUUAGCUGCACUCACUGAAGCUGGAUUCCUCACUGAGCUGGAAAAGAACAGGUUUGUCAUGGCUGAAGUAUCCUUUUGUGUUUUCAUACUCAUCAUGAAAAUUCGAGGAGGGCUUUAUUUCUCCAUUGCAGCGAUAUUGUGGAGAUGGCAAGCUAUGCACCACUUUUGGUGAAUUACAAUGAUAGGAGGUGGGCUCUAGAUGCAAUUGCCUUCAACUCGUCAAAGCACUAUGGAACUCCGAACUACUGGGUGCCAAAGUUCUUCAUAGAGUUGAGUGGAGCAACUCUUUUUGAUGCUAAGCUACAGACAAAUUUCUCUACACUUGUUGCAUCUGCAAUUACUUGGCAAAAUUCUAAUGGUGAAACUUACCUGAAAAUAAAGGUACGCGAAUACCAGCAUAGCUUGCAGUGAUCAUGUCCUAAACACCAAUUAUAAGUUUUUAUCCUUGUUUUAGGUCAAUGCUGCAUGUUUGAAUCCCUUUCGAAUUUAACAAAUAUGGCAUAAUCCAUUGAGUCAACUUUUGUGGUCCUCACAGCAUAACAUGCUGCUGCUGGUUGACAACAAACUCAAACACAUGUAAAAUCGAGUUGUAAGAGUUUCUGUUUGAGUUUUUUCAGCCAACUUCUUACUUUCUGGGAAAUGUAAUUUCAGGUCGUGAAUUUUUGGAAUAGUAAAGUGAAUCUCUAAGUUUCUAUUAA